AUGCAGCUGAGGAAUCUACGGCCUUUCUUUCUCCUGUUCCUAUCUGCGAUAGCCUCCUUCGGCGCAAAAGCCGUCGAUGAUGGUCUCACAACACGAGAGAGCGGCGGUCCCAGCGGGCCGUUACCUGAUUUCGACAAGAUUGAAAGACAGAACGCCGUCAUCGAGCAAAAACUGGCCCAGCAGAAAAUCAAUGGUGUGCGGAAGAUGAGUGACGAUGAAGGAGAGAAGUUCUUUCUCGAUUACUGGAUCUUUGAUGACGAUCUGGAGGGAUACAAUCUGGGGAACGUUAGCGUAGCCCCAAGAGGAGCUUUGGAUGACACGCAAUCGUCCGAUGUCUGGUCGAAUGCGUCCAGUCUCACGCAAUUUCGGCCUGCUUUUCUCUUGCAUACAGACGAGCAAGCGGAGUUGUUCCAUCUGGCAGAGCGUUAUUCCGGCCCUGCCAGAAGGGCUUUGUCAAUGCUGAUGAAGCGGGAUUUCAAGUGUCCCACCGGCACGUUCAGCUGCACUUCGAUCAAUAGGCCGGACAGCUGCUGUAGCAACGGCGAUACCUGUCAGCUGAUACAGGACACGGGUCUUGGAAGUGUUGGCUGUUGCCCACAAGGCGAGACGUGCUCAGGAGGCGUCAGCUCCUGCGGUUCGGGAUAUACCGGCUGUCCUAGCAGCCUGGGAGGUGGAUGCUGUAUCCCAGGGUACGAAUGUGUCAGUGGAGGAUGCGCUUUUGUGUCGACCUACACAGUGACUGAAUAUUCUACAACUCGUGUAGUGUCCUCAACAGUGACAACUCCAGCAUUGACGUCCAUGUCCACGUCGACAACUGCUUCAACUAGCACAAGCAUAACGAGUUCUACCCAAGGCUCUACGUCACACGGUCUUACACCUCCCGUACGGCCAACGACUGAAUCUCAAACCACCAUUACUUCUACCGGCGGUGCCUCGGUCUGCCCUACGGGCUUCUACGCCUGCUCUGCGGUGUACCACGGCGGCUGCUGCCGUACCGGCCGCGACUGCGACACAACGUCCUGCCCCGCAAUGUUGUCUACUACCGUAAUCAAUUCGGACGGCGUCACGGUCGUUGCGCCUGUUCCUACUGCUCCUCCUGCCACAGAAGGCUCCUGCGCAAGCGGCUGGUACAGCUGUGCCGCUUCUGUCGGUGGCGGAUGCUGCCCAAGCGGAUUUGUGUGCGGAUCAAGCUGUACAGCCACGGCAGCCACAGCUGCAACGGUGGCCAAAGUCCAACCUACUGGACCAGGUAGACGGAACAGGAUGGACUUGUAUUGCCUGGGAGCUUGUGUGCUAGGAGCGCUGUGCUUUUUGCUGUGA